CCGUACAAAAUUUCCUAGCCGCCGACCGAAAACCAGCAGCAAUUCUCUUUGUUUAUUUAUUCAAAUAUAAUAAUAACGAGAUUCACUCUACGGGCAUAUUUGUGAUUCCGGAGCUGCCGUUCGCCGCCGUGAGCCGAAGACACCGGCCGCCGCUUCAGUCCGUCUCUCUCUGCUGUUUGGCUGCUGCAGUGUAUUCCCUCCACAGCCGCUGCCGACGGUUGUCUUGUGGUGGGAGUGGUGCUCCGGGGCCUCUGCUAAUUGGUUGUUUUCGCUGUGAGCCCAUGCUUUUGGGCGGCGGAGGAGACUCAUAUGCCGCAGGAAACGUCGCCUUGGGACCGGAGGGAGCUGAAGCGGGAGAGGUCAGAGCCCGUAGCGAGAUGGAGGGUCUCACCGCCCUACCGGGGAGGCUCCCGUUCCUUCCAUCGGGCCGCCGAAUCUCGCAGGCAUACGGGUCAUGGUAAGCAGGGUGGUUGGCACCAGUACCCAGAGGAGACUGGUCACAGAUAUGCACCUUAUCGGUCUUUUAGCAAGACGAUAGCUGUUCGAGGAGAUGGAAAAUACAGUCGAGGCUAUAGAGACAAUAGAGGGUUGUUUGACCGGAGGGAAUACCGGGGAGAACACUCUUGGGAAACAAGUAGAAGGUCUUUCUCAACAAUGCCGAAGCCAUAUGAUGAUGGUGAUAUUAUGAGAGAUCAGCACAGCAAGAGGAGUGCAACUCGGUUGAGCCCCAGCCAGAAAAUUGAGGAAAAAAGGUUUGUCGACUCCACUGAGUGGAAGGAUCGAAGGUGGAUGAAUUCAGGGAGGUUGCCUUCCAGAGGUUCAGGUCUUGGCCAUUCUAGUGGCUCCAAAAGGGCAAGCCGCAUCGAGUUGGUGGAGAAGAAUGUGGAAUAUGAAUCAAAGAGUGUUAUUCCUCGCCAGUCUUCCACAGAAGAUGUUGCUGAUUGUAUGUAUUCAAUUGGCCAAUCUGAAGGGCUGACUCCGAAAAAGAAGCCUCGUCUGAGAUGGGGCGAGGGACUUGCUAAGUAUGAAAAAAAGAAGGUUGAAGACCCUGUUGAUACUCCAAUGGAUAGAGAUAUACAGUCCAACCAGUCAACACGCUUGGAUGCUACUGGCAGAACUUCUGGAGUCUUGGGAGUUUUGGAAAGUUCAUCUCCUGCAACAGCGUCCUCUCUUGCUCUUAUUUCCUUACCGGAUAUGGAGGACAAGUUGAUAGGGACCAUGAAGAUGGGUGGUCAAGUUGAUGGUGUAUCUGAAUUACCAGUUGCCAUGUCCCAGAGUACACACCAAGGGUUCUCUGCUACUUCAGAUGAGCUGGAUAUAAGUUCAAUUGCUAGUGGGGACCCAUUGCUUGUACAGUUGCUUCAGUGUAAUGAUAUUUCGUUGGAUUCCAAUCUUCUGUCAACUUUGGUGGAUAAAUUGGUGCUUAUGAAAGAGAAUGUUUCAAAGGUGUUGCUGACGACGGAGUCUCAGAUUGAUUCGCUCGAGAAUGAAUUGAAGUCCAUUGUUUCUGAGCAUGAAGAUGUCUGUGCUAGCCCAAUAUCCAGUUCGUUUGCAGUCAAGGACUAUUUUAGAUGUAGCCUAGGAGAGGAUGGUGUUGCCUCUGUCGUCUCACAACCUGAUCCUGUACAAACUGUUACUUGUGCAAAUAGUUGUGCCGAGGAGCUGUGUUAUGUGAAGGGGACUCGGUCUGAUAGUCACGUUGCAGCUACUUUCAAUACAGCGGUGCAAGACAACCAUAUGGCGAGUCAGGAUGCAGCCCAAAGGACAGUAGUAGAAAUGGUAAAGGUGGUGUCUGGAUCAGAAAGUAUGGAGACUAGUAAGUCACUCGAGCAUGUCAAGUUCCUCGGGAGUGCAGAAAAUACAUUAUAUGAUCUGAUAUUUUCUUCAAAUAAGGAAGCUGCAAAUAGAUCAUCAUUUGAAGUAUUUAGUGACUUAGUACUGAGGAAUCAUGAUAAGCUUGACGUUGCGAAGAUCUCUUGCUCGCCGGAUGAUUCGAGAAUAAGAGAGAAGUUUACCCAGAGAAAACGUUUUUUGACAUUUAAGGAGAGGGUCCUUGCACUCAAGUAUAAGACUUUUCACUACCUCUGGCAGAAAGAUAUACAUGCUCUUUCUGCGAUGAAUAAGUUGGGAUCUCAGAAGAAACUUGAGUCUAGCUCGCGGAUAAGAAUUGGUGGGUGCCAGAAGCCUAGGUCCUCGAUUCACCCGUGUGUGUCAUCCUCAGGAAUUAUGGGCCAGCUCUCGAAGAAGGAGACAAUUCAUUACAUAAGCAAGCUGGUCAGAGAUUCCUGUUGGAGAAUUUACAGAGAAGCUCUGAAGAUGCCUGCGUUUGAUUUGGAUGAAAGGGCGGAGAUAGCGUCAAGGUUUAUCUCUUACAAUGGGUUAGUGGAAGACCCCUGUGCAGUUGAGAAGGAAAGAACCGUGAUCAACCCCUGGACUGCAGAGGAGAGAGCAAUGUUCCUGGAAAAGUUCGGAAAGUAUGGCAAGGAUUUCAGGAAGAUAGCUACGUUUCUUAAGCACAAGACCACUGCUGAUUGUGUUGAAUUUUAUUAUAGAAACCACAAAUCUGACCUUUUCCAGGGAGUGAAGAAGAAGCUUGGUACGAGGGCACGACCACAGUUACUUCCUGCCAACACUUACCUGGUAACUCCAGGGAAAUUGAGGAAUCGCGAGGUCAAUGCAGCCAAUUUACUCAGUGAAGCUUCUCUUGGGGCCUCUCAAGAUCAAGCUGAAGCUGGUGGUGGCAAGUUAGACUGGGAAAGUUGUCAUAGAAGGUCGUUUUUGCGUCCAUGCAGUAACUCUAGAUCAUCACAUAUUGAUGCUCCUGAUGAUGAGAGGGAAGCAGUUGCAGCUGAUGUUUUGACCCAAAUACGCAGCUCUGUGGUCCAUGUCAAGAACUGCGGGGAGAAGGAUCUAUCUGAUUGGACGGAUGUGGAGAAAUCAAUCUUUAUGCGGGCUGUGUCACAUUAUGGCAAGGAUUUUGCGAUGAUAUCGCAGUAUGUGAAGACAAGGUCAAAGGACCAGUGUAGGGCGUUCUAUAAUAAGGCCCGGAAGUGCCUCAAAUUGGACAAGAUGCUCCCAGGCCCUGCAGGGAAGUGCCUGAAUUGCGAUGCCAAUGAAGGCAGUGAUGGCCCCGAUGGUCCACAGGUUGUUAAGAUUGCUGGAGCUAUUUGUAAGAAUGAUUCAGUCACGGGUAAGAGUCAGGACUUGCCCGUUUCUGUUAAGAUGGAAACUGCUGAUGCAGUUGAUUGUGGCUUACCAACUGACCUGAAGGAGACUGCCGAUGGAAGUUGUCUGAUGGGAAGUCGGGUCUGUGAAGAAAAAUGCUCGAGAGUUUCAGUGAAGGGCCAUGAUACUGUCCCUGAGAUGAAAUUGAGCAAGCACGUCUCUGAUCAAUCUCUGGGAGCAUCAGAGAGGUGGUUAGCUCAUUUGCCUGCUGAUUCAAGUCCUUGUUCGGUUUUCAGUCUUGGUUCUGAAUCCAAGGAUCGGUCCCUAGUUGAGACAGAUCAAGUUGAAAAGCCUCUACUAGCGAUUCUCACAGAUUCUGCAUCCUUUCAGUGUGUCAAAAUGAAGACCCUGAACAGCAAUAAUCAGCCAGAAAAUGGAGGGCAGUGGAGUCAUGAUACCAAAGGUAAGGUGCAGAAUCUGCAAGAAUCGGAAAACUCGAGUCACGGCAGCGAUUUCAAGCUCUUUGGGAGAAGAAUACUUACUUGCACACCUCAGAAUUAUCCAGAUUUGAGCAUUCACGAGGAGGACAAGAAACGGGUCCUCAAGGCUACCCAAAGUUUGACCGGCAGCAGCAACAAGGGACGAAACUCAUCAUUGCUGAAGUUCGAUCCUGAUGACCAUACCAGCCUUGAGAAUGUUUCUAUCGGGAGCUAUGGUUACUGGGAUGGGACUAGAAUCCGUACUGUUCCAUCACUGCCCAAUUCUGCUUUCUUGUUGGCUAAGUAUCCUGCCGCAUUCAGCAAGAACCCAUUACAGGAAUUGGCAAACAGCAGUGAAUUUAACAUUAAUAAUUGCAGUGGUCCCUCGAUUAUUCCUGCUUGGAUGUAACUGUAAAGCAGUGUCACAACGCAUACUUAGGAGGGCAACAAUGCAACGGUCUAGAGAAGAUAUCAGGGCUAAAGCAGCAGGGAGGGAGUGCAAUGGACGGGAUGAACUUAGGAGUUAAGAGGUGUCUUAGCAGGCAUGUCAUGCACCGACUUGUCUGAUCCUGUGGCUGCUGUUAAGUUGCACUUUGCUCUGAUGAACCAGUUUUGGGGGCAGGGAGUAAGUUUAACCCGAGAAGACUCUCCAAGAGAUGCAGCAAGCAUGAAGACUUGGCUUUUUUGAGUUCUCGAAAAAAUGGCCAGGAUUUUGAAAGCUUGCUACUGUGCAAUAACAUGCCCCUUUUUUGUUUAGCCUAGAGCAGUUGAUUAAGGUAUUUACAAUUUCAAUUCUUAUGUCAAUUUUCGAACUUGAAGUUUGAUUAUUUUGGUCAGGUGAUCUCUGUACGUGCUCCUAAUGUUGUCGCAGCAGCAGCAGUUUUGUGAUUACUCUAAUUUCAUGAAAUGUUACGUCUAGUAGCAGAUUUUCGUGCA